AUGAAGGUCUUGAACAUUUCUUUUUUAAAUGAAAAAUUUAGAAGUAUAAAUAAUAUAUUGAAAAACAAUUGUUUUUUUAAAGAACAAUAUGUUUAUAUAAAGUUGUAUAUAAAUAAAAAGACAUUUAAUCUUUCUCUUUUAUUGAGAAUUAUUUUAUUAAUUAUUAUGAUAUUGAAGUUUUCUUUAUUAUACAAUAAGAAAAAUGUUGUUAUGUAUUUUAUUGAAGAAAAACAACUAUAUUACCCUUUCAAUGAAACAUGCUCAAGGUAUAGAAGAAUAGUAGCGGAAGAACAACAUGAAAUUGAAUUAGACGAAGAGUCUAUUAUUGUGUUAGAUGAUGAUAUAAAUAUAAUACAGGAGGAAUAUGAAAAUAUGAAUUCGUAUGAUUAUCUAAAUUUACAGCUAUAUAAUGAUACAACUAUGAUGGAUAGUCAUGAGGUAAAUAUGCAACAAGAUGGUGAUAUAAAUAUUCAACAAGAUGGUGAUAUAAAUAUGCAACAAGAUGGUGAUAUAAAUAUACAAGAUGAUGAUAUAAAUAUUCAACAAGAUGGUGAUAUAAAUAUUCAACAAGAUGGUGAUAUAAAUAUACAAUAUGAUGAUAUAAAUAUUCAACAAGAUGGUGAUAUAAAUACAGAGCAAGAUGAUGAUAUAAUUUUAUUACAAGAGGAUGAUAUAGAUUUAUUAACAGAUGAGGAUAUAAAUUUCUUAGAACAACAACAUAAUGAUUUGUUAAAUGAGGAAAGUGCUAAUACAAAUGUUCAAAAUAAUUACAGUUUCGUAUAUGAUAAUGAUUAUAAUAAAUUGCAUGAAUUAGCUGAAGAAUAUAAGGAUACAUUAAAUGAUGUUAUUUCAAGAAUGGCUUAUGAUUAUAACGAUUUAACAGAAGAUAUGAACAAAGAAUGGAGUUUUAACAUGUGGAAUAUAAGGUGGUGUAAAUAUUUAGAAAACAUGAUGGAGGAAGUAAAUUAUUACCUUAAUGGAAAUUUCUCAAUUGAUGAUAAAAAACAAUAUUUAGAACUUUUAUUAUUUUGGUGUAAGAGGGAUUAUAAACAUUUUAUAGAUGUUGUUAAGAAAGAAUGGGAUAAAAAAGAUGAACCGGAACAUUAUUUAGAAAGAUAA